UUCCAAGUUAAGCAGUUCCGAAGGAAAUUUAUCGUCUGUUAUGGAAUACGUCUUCAGCUCAAAAUGUUACUUGGAAUAUUAACUUUUACGUCAAAGUUACCAAACCUUUCCAAGUGCUUCCGAAUAACAUGGCUGAAUAGUGGACCUGUACACAAUACGAAAGCGUUAGUGAGAUCAUUCACAACUACUCGUUGUUGUAAUAGUCAUCAACAUCGGUAUCAGGGCGGAGUGAGAAACAAAUCUACUGUUUAUUAUGUAAUUGCCCUUGGAGUUCUCGUAGGUGGUCUGAGCUAUGCAGCAGUACCACUUUAUCGAUUGUUUUGUCAGUCCUACAGCUAUGGUGGAACAACGUCUGCUAAUCACAGUGCUGAAGGCUUGGAGAAUAUUGUUCCUAAUUCCAAAAGGAUUUUAAAGAUUAGGUUUAAUGCUGACACAUCAUCAAGUCUUACAUGGGAUUUCAAACCUCAGCAGGCAGAAUUGAAAGUUGCCCUUGGAGAAACAGCUUUGGCUUUCUAUACUGCAACAAAUAGAACUAAUAGACCCAUUGAUGGAGUUAGCACAUAUAAUGUUGUACCAUUUGAAGCUGGACAGUACUUUAACAAAAUUCAAUGUUUCUGUUUUGAGGAACAACGCCUAAAUCCUAACGAACAGGUGGACAUGCCCGUCUUCUUCUACAUUGAUCCUGAUUUCGGUGAAGAUCCACGUAUGGAAAAUAUUGAAUCAAUCACAUUAUCCUAUACUUUCUUUGAGGCCAAGGAAGGUGCUGCCUUGGUGAAACCUCCCUAUGUCCAAAUGAACUUUGUGUAUGAUGUAACGUGAUUGUCGGAGUUUAUUAAUUUGAUGAUAGAAACACCA